UCCAUGGAAGUCUAUUAUGACGUCAGUACCUGUUUUGGCUCUUAUCACCGUACACUUCUGCCAGAACUGGGGCUACUGGAUGCUUCUCACACAGCUACCAAACUACCUAAGUCACGUUCUUCGUUUUGACUUGAAAAGUACUACAUCAACGCCAGACGUAUCCUGCCACUUAGCGCAUCCAGGAAGAUAUGGAACAGUUUAGCCCACUGCGGAGGUGCGGCUGCUCUUGUGGGAAUGUCGUUCAUCUCUAGCAGUGUCACUGGAGCUGUAGUUCUUCUCACCACAUCGGUGUCCCUAGGAGCUGGCAUCUAUAUGGGGUACCUGGCAACCGCCCUUGAUCUUUCCCCAAACUUCUCAGGUGUUCUUAUGGGAAUCGUCAACUGUCUGGGCAACAUUUCAUCUUUCCUCGCUCCGAUGGUUACCGGUUUCAUAGUCAAAGACGAGGCCAGUAGAGACGAGUGGAUGAUUGCUUUUUACAUCUCCGCAGGUAUAUUCUUCGUGGGAAACUUGAUCUUUAUAGUAUUCGGAUCUUCUGAUGUUCAGCCCUGGAACAAUCCUCUUCAUGUAAAAACAUAAUGAGAG